AUGCCUACCGACAAUAUAGAAAGCUUAAAAUCAGUUUUACAUAAAUAUCCUAACUUCCCUGUGAAGGGAGUUUUAUUUGAAGAUUUUCUUCCAAUAUUUAGGGAUCAUAAACUCUUCACAACAUUGAUUAAUGCAUUCAAGUCACAUUUAGAUGAACAAUACCAAGAUAUUAAAAUCGAUUUCAUUGUCGGAAUAGAAUCCAGAGGUUUUUUAUUUGCACCAUCCCUAGCUUUAGCAAUGAAUAUUGGAUUUGUUCCAAUCAGAAAAGGUGGACGACUUCCAGGUGAGUGUUUUUCAGCAGUUUCAAAUAUGGAAUAUGGUUCAAAUACAUUUGAACUACAAAAAGAUACAAUUCCACCAAACUCAAACGUUAUCAUAAUUGAUGACAUUUUAGCUACAGGUGGUACUGCACUAGCUGCAUAUGAGCUAUUGGGAAAAGCACAGGCAAAUGUUCUGGAGUUUGAUUUUGUAAUGGAGUUAGAUUUUUUGAAAGGUAGAGGUAAAUUAGGUGCUCCAGUAUUUACCUUAUUAAAAGAACAAGAACAUGCUUUAAAUACAAAAUAA